CAGGCUGCCUGCUGCAUAAAGUGAAUGGCAGCAAUGAGUACAAGCCAGUCACCAGGAUCCUCUCCUCUCUCCUUGUGAGGCACCAGCUUAGCAGGGACCAAGCAGGACACACAUCCCAGACAGGAAUUAGCCAUUGGGGCAGCAAGCACUGCAGGAUACCAGGGAGAGGGCACAGUGCCCCAUCAGGAUUACUUCACCAAGCAGCUAACCCAUCAAUUUUCCUUCUGCUGCCACAUGGAUUUUAAUCUUUUGACGGACUCAGAGGCUCGCAGCCCAGCUCUGUCUCUGUCUGAUGCGGGAACACCUCAACAUGAUCACAGCUGCAAAGGGCAAGAACAGAGCGACACAGAAAAAUCUCAACAAAACCAAACAGAUGAUUCCAACCCAGAAGAUGGAUCCUUAAAGAAAAAGCAGCGGAGACAGAGGACUCAUUUCACAAGCCAGCAGCUUCAGGAACUGGAAGCCACGUUCCAACGGAACCGUUACCCAGACAUGAGCACUAGAGAGGAAAUUGCAGUGUGGACCAACCUCACGGAGGCCAGAGUUAGGGUUUGGUUUAAGAACAGAAGGGCCAAAUGGAGGAAACGAGAAAGGAACCAACAAGCUGAGCUCUGCAAGAACAGUUUUGGAGCCCAGUUUAAUGGACUUAUGCAGCCUUAUGAUGAUAUGUAUUCUGGAUACACUUAUAACAACUGGGCCACUAAGGGUCUGGCUACCAGCCCUCUCUCAGCCAAGAGCUUUCCAUUUUUCAACUCCAUGAAUGUAAGCCCCUUGUCAACUCAACCAAUGUUCUCUCCUCCAAACUCAAUAGCCUCCAUGACCAUGCCUUCAUCUAUGGUGCCUUCAGCAGUGACUGGAGUUCCGGGCUCAAGCCUUAACAACUUGGGGAAUAUUAACAACCUUAGCAGUCCUAGUGUAAACUCUGCUGUUUCAGCCACGGCCUGCCCUUAUGCUUCAGCGGCUAGUCCCUACAUGUACAGGGACACUUGCAACUCAAGUCUGGCAAGCUUGAGACUCAAAGCUAAACAGCAUGCCAACUUUAGCUAUCCAGCAGUGCAGACUCCGGCUACAAACCUAAGCCCAUGUCAGUAUGCUGUGGAUCGACCAGUAUGAAGGACCACAUACCAAAGACUUGACUGCAGCCAUACAAACCCUAUGACCUAUUUGCCCUGCAGCUUAUGCCUUUACAAAUAAAAAAGUGGGCAUUCAAAGACACCUGAGAAAACAUUUCCAUUUUUAAACUGACAAAGUCAAUUGCAGACUUAUUAAUUUUGGGUUCAAGAGGACAUAUUAGAAGUGUUUUGUCCCAAUCCAAAGAAACUGAAUUACAUAGAAGUAAGAUUAUUUUACUUUUUAAAAGGCAAACUGUUCAGUUAUAGUGAACCUUUUUUUUCAGCAGAAAGUUGACUGUCAGUGUACAGUUUAAUAAAUAAAGUAAAAAAAAAAAAAAAACUGUAUAGAUUGUUUAAUUGAAGCAGCAACAAAACUCUUAUUUAUCACAUGGACAAAAUUGACAAAAAACUGUACCAAAUAUAGUUGCAAAAAUAUGCAUGAUCAUUACAAUGUAUCCCAUAGGGGUACGGAUUUGUAAUGUAGGGAAAUAGGAUGUAUAUAUAUUAUAUAUAAAAUAUAAAAUGAACAUUUUCUUGUUUUGUUUUGUAUGUGGAAUGAUGAUGUAUAAAGUAGAAUAUUAAGAUGAGACAAAGCGCAGCCCUUUCUGCUUCAACUAUUUUCAAGUCUGCCUGGAAUUCUUUUUUUUGAAUUUAUAGCUUUAAUUAUUGUUGUUUUUAAAAGCAAAAUAAACACCCCUUCCUUUCCAAUCUUAAUUCCUUUUAAAAAUAAAAAAUAAAAUAAUAGUUGAAGCGUU